AUGUCAUGUCUAGCUGUUUUUUUGCUGCUUUUCGCGCUCUCAAGUGCUGCCGAUCCGAAAACGCGGCGUUGUUGCUCCCGGGAAAUUGCAAAUUUCACGGAAAUUGGUGAGGAAUUGUACUGUCCCGAUGGCAAAAAGUUCAAUUUGGAGUGCAAAAGGGGCUUUGCCGUGGUUGUUGACUUCCAGAAUUUGGAUGAAGUCGCGGAUUUGUUUGAAUUUUGUUACGUCGGCGAGUUUUUGUCGGAAGUGGAUGACAAUAAAACGGAAUUUUCGGCGGCAAUUUGCGCAGAAGAGCCUUAUUAUGCGCUUUUUUACGACUUUUUGCCGAUUUCAGUCGUUUUUCUGGCAGCUACUUUUGUAAUUUACUACAAAAUCCGGACUUUACGAGCGCCCGAGGACAUCGCUUUCAUGAUCGCCGUUCUUUGUUUGGGAGUUUUCAUGCUAAUUCAGGUUCUUCAUCACUGGCUGGCUGAUUUUCAUGAACUUUAUGUCGUUUUUUCCUUUGUGGAUUUGUACAUCGGGCCAUUCGCGAUCGUCGCAUACUUCUCGUGGCUCAACGUAAUCAUGGCGAAUCAACUAAAAAAGAAUAUAAGUUCGCAUUCCAUGUCGGUUUCGAGGAAUUGGAUUUACCUAAAUCACAUUUAUGCUUGGGGAAUUCCGAGUUUAGUGUUGUUUGGCAUCGUGAUUAGCGUGUUGACGCACGGCAUGGAGCUGGAAAUUGAAGUUUUAGAGAGUUAUGACUAUUGGAAGUAUGUGCCGAUUGCCAUUUUGUGGGCAAUUAAUUGUGUUUUGUUGGCGCUCGUGAUCUAUUUUGCGAUACGAUGUCCUUCGGAAUGGAUGAAUAGGAGAGUUAUUCAAUACAGAUCUUGGAAAUACUUCCAACUCUUCCUCGUUUCCGGCUUCUUAUGGAUUUUCGAGUUACUUUCGUGGUUCCUUAAAGACAACGAAGCCGCUCAACCCUUUUUCGAAGUAACGGACUGCAUCAACGCUCUCCAAGGCCUCUUUUUGUUCAUCGUGAUGGUCAUUUUACGUUUGCAUGUGCGUCGAAGUCUCGCUGGAACACGAAUUUUCUGCUUCACGUUACCCCAAAAAUGGUCAAGUCUCGAAGAUGCGGACGACGUCGAGCUAAUUCACAAUCCAAACCUCGACGAGGCACAAAAUCGAAUUUAA